CACAAUUCUUCUCAUCGCCGUUGCUUAAAUGAAAACAUGUCCUCUCUAGCACAGGCUAUUCCAAUCCAUAUUCUCGAGCAGAUUAUUGCUUACGUAUCAGGGGUGGUGCGAGUAACCAGCCACCGUCUGGGGAAUCACACAUGGUCACUGAACAAGUCGUUUAUUCCAUUCAUCGGGGUCUGUCGCGAUUGGCGGUCGGUCUCCAUGAUGAUGAUGUACCAGGAGGUCGUCGUAGUAGCUGACUCUGAGUGUAGCGCCGAAGCAUUGGUCAAGGCAGUGCAUUCUGCAGAUUCCUUUCUACGGAGUUCUUUGCUGGCAAAGCCGCAUCACUGCUAUCCGUCUGGACCGCUGAAGGAUUGCAGGUUUGGCAAUACCAGCGAGCUGAUCUUGACGCUUGACAGCAGAUCAACCACCAGCAGCAACCUAGUAGUCGCCGAGAUGGAAGCCAACAUCAAGGAAUUCGCCGCGACAAUAACGCGCUAUGUUUCCUACAUCGAUUUGGUCGCGGCAGGCAGACUGGGACUAUCGAUCGAGGACCGGGCCAAGGGGUACCACAGUCUUGAUCUGCCGAAUAUUGCCAGACUCGAACACAUUAUGCUGGACUGCGAUACAUUCGGGGAUACGCACAUCGAGCUGGUUCGCAAAAGCAGUCCAAUCUCUGACAUGACAUCUAUGAUAUCAUCUGUCGACUCGGAGGGUAACAUUGUGGAGUACCCAUGUGUCUGGAAGUUUGAUAUUGCGAUGAAAGAGGCUGGCAAUCCGUUUCCGAGGAUCACCCACCUCCUCUGCGAAAACAGCUAUCCAUUCACAAACCUCAACUUUCUGGAGAGCUGUGUCUUGCUGGAAAGCCUCUAUAUGCAUAAAAUGUUCAAGGAAUCGGGGUGGCUCGGCAAAGACCACUUUCCUCAGCUGCGCUAUGUUGAGCUUAUGCCUGAUACCACGUAUACAGAUGGUGAAGAGAGCAGCACACCAAAUAUGCUGACGCUGUCACAGAUUGCACUCGGACUGUCAUCGAAGGUCGAAACGGUCAAGGUGGAUUCGCAAUGGAUAAGCGAGGAAUCGGAUACAAUGCAUACAUUGCAAGUGUAUGCAUAUUUGUCGAGCAUACGGAUUCUGGACAUUGUUUGUAUGCCAUUCACAUACGAGCAGCGGUGCUCGCUGCAAUUAACACACGAGGCUCCGGGUUCUCGACAGCAGUUGUCAGCAAGCACCGUUAACCGGUUACAGAAUCUAGACGACAAGAGAGUCGGUGAGUCGCGGCUCUUACUCUUGCGCAUAUGCAGAGUAGAGCAGAUGACUAUGCUGCAGAUGAUUGAACGAGUUCUCCUGUUUGGGGUUCUAGCGCCUUCACUCAGACGUGUUCAAGUGUCUAGGUUUCACAGCAGCCCGAGAUUUGAACAAUCAGUGGUCAAGGUCAUGAAGCGAAAGGUGUUCGGAGCACAUGCUGACCGGCUCUCGAAACUUUUGAUAAAUACCACUUACUAAGAUAUGUGUUAUUUUAAGCUUAAUACUAGAAUUACU